CCGAAUGGUACAUUCCGGUCCGCCUGGCCCGGCUGCAGUGGAUGUUGCUAGAACCCACGCGGAGGAAGGAAGAGACGCAGGCAGGCUGCGGUGACCCAAGCGGCCGCCCCUGCCUCAGGGACCCCUUCCCGGAGACACGGCACCAUGACCCAAGGAAAGAUCUCCGUGGCUAAUAAGGCCCCCGGGACGGAGGGGCAGCAGCAGGCCAAUGCUGAGAAGAAGGAGACUCCAGCAGUGCCCUCGGCCCCGCCCUCCUACGAGGAGGCCACCUCUGGGGAGGGGCUGAAGGCAGGGCCCUUCCCCCCAGCCCCUUCAGCUGUGCCUCUCCACCCCAGCUGGGCCUACGUGGACCCUAACAGUUACGAGAAUGGCUUCCCCACCGGAGACCAUGAGCUCUUCACCACCUUCAGUUGGGACGAUCAGAAAGUUCGCCGAGUCUUCAUCAGAAAGGUCUAUACAAUCCUGCUGAUCCAGCUGCUGGUGACCUUGGGUGUCGUGGCUCUCUUUACCUUCUGUGACCCCGUUAAGGACUACGUGCAGGCUAACCCAGGAUGGUACUGGGCGUCCUACGCUGUAUUCUUUGCGACCUAUCUGACCCUGGCCUGCUGCUCUGGACCUAGGAGGCAUUUCCCCUGGAACCUGAUUCUCCUGACCAUUUUCACCCUGUCCAUGGCCUACCUCACUGGGAUGUUGUCCAGCUACUACAACACCACGUCUGUGCUGCUGUGCCUGGGCAUCACGGCCCUCGUCUGCCUCUCAGUCACCGUCUUUAGCUUCCAGACCAAGUUUGACUUCACGUCCUGCCAGGGUGUGAUCUUCGUGCUGCUCAUGACUCUUUUCUUCAGCGGACUCAUCCUGGCCAUCCUCCUGCCCUUCCAAUAUGUGCCCUGGCUCCAUGCAGUGUAUGCCGUGCUGGGAGCAGGCGUGUUUACGUUGUUCCUGGCAUUUGACACCCAGUUGCUGAUGGGUAACCGACGCCACUCACUGAGCCCUGAGGAGUAUAUUUUUGGAGCCCUCAACAUUUACCUGGACAUCAUCUACAUCUUCACCUUCUUCCUGCAGCUUUUUGGCACCAACCGGGAUUGAAGAGCCUUCCUUCCUUCUUUCCUGCUUUCCAAGAAUGUCCCCUUGCUGGUCCUCUGACCCUCCCUGUACUCCUGCAAGCCCAGAUAUAAAACUAGCUGCCAGCCUGUCCUUUGGCCUCCCCUCAGCCCCAUGCUCAUCCUCGCCCUCUGCAGCUUGUACCCCACCAUUAGGGGCCCCGUGGACCCGAGGUGACACGCCCCCUAUGCUGCCCCUUCCCCCUACUUCCACUCCCAAAGUGGACAGUCAAGGCUGGAGGCUCCCCUGGAUUUGAGGACCCAAGGGACAAGUGGGAAGAGCCCGGCAGGAUUCCAGAUGUGGGAAAGAGACCCCAGAAUGCCUAGCUGAGGGCCAUGCCACCGAGGUUCCUCCUAUGGCUGCCAUAGCUGUGUGACCUUGGGGCACACUGUCCUAUGUCAAAUCCACCCUUCUGUUCUUCCAAAUCAGGCAUUGACGCUAUAGAGGAGGUGGGAGGAAGCUGGGGCGGGGAGGCAGGAGGCUGCUCUGCAGGUGGGAGAAUGUGGGUGGACAGAAUGGCCGUCCCAGCUGCUCCUCCUCUCAGCUUUGAGACUAGCAGCUUGUUCUAGGCGCUUGAGCCCUGGGGCCAAGGGCAAUGGGAGAGGCACAGGAAGCCAUCUGCACUUGCCUUGGUUUACCCUCCUGGGUCAUGACAGAGCACUGUUGGAGCAGGAGGCUGGGGACAAGGGGUGCUGCUCCUAAGUGGGGACCCCCCGGGCUGUAAGGAGGUGGAAGGUGGGAACAGGAGCCCCUGGGAGGCGUGGGCUCUGUAGUAGCACCGAUUCACCCAGACUUGCAUCUCCCUGGGGAGUGUUUACUGUUGGCAGGACUGACCUCUCACCCUCUUCUCUGGCCCCCCCAGGUGGUCCCCCACCAUAGAUCUGGGGCUGAGUGGAGCGCUGAGGAGAGGGUUAUACCAGCUGCUGAACCAGCCCCCUGGGAGAGACUCCUGCCCUGCCCUGAGGCCUCUCUGCACUUCUUAUUUCCUAAUCGCCCCCCCAUCGGCUGCUGCCAUGUGUGGGCUUAUCCCCAAGCCAGGCCUCCCGAGGCCUCAGUUGGCAGCGCCCAUAUCCCCCACCCACCCCCACCCGGGCUCCUCUAGCCACUCACCCCAGAGUCCUAAGCCCCCUCCAUCCCUUAUCUCCUUAUCUCUCCAAUUUGGAAGCUGUUCAGCUGAUGCUAACAGCCAGAGCCGGUCCCUCCGGCUGGUCCCAUGUGAUGAGGUCGGGUCUCCUUAUCAGCCUCCAGGCAGCCUGAGAGCUGAGAUCUCGGGCAGGGUGUGCGUCAGCCACCCAGUCCCCUGCAGGCCCUGCUGGGGAGGGGACCAGGGGGCCACACCUGGGGGAAGUGUGUAGCUGGCACCUCCAGGCCAACUCUGGGCCAGUGGAAAGUUACUGGGUGGAGUCAGGGAGGUUCAGAUACCUGGACCUUCCCUUGGCCUCUCCGUCAGGGGCUUACCUCACUCCCUGUGCUGGGGGCUCUGUUUGCUCUUGGAGAGAGUGACUAGGUACGUCAUCAAUCUGUUUUGACUCUUCCUUCUCCACCCUCCCUAUUUUCAGCUUUCAUGAAAUAUUACAGAAGCAUUUGAAAUUUUGUUCCACCUUGGGUCUUUGAGGAAAGAGGGAGCCAAGAACCGAUGGUGGUGCUUGUGGAUGAGACAAAGGCAACCCGGAGCAUGGCUGGAUGCCUACUGUGUGCUGGUCUACAUGAAUCCAUGAAAGCAGCCCUGGGGAAAGCUGAGGUGGUUGAGGGGAUCGGGAACAAAACCAAGGUUAUAGAGCUGACCUACUAGGUUGGGGCUAGAAUGAAACUGAGUGGUCAGGCCAGACAGCUCCCGAUGUCCCUGGAGAUCCGUUGUCCCUGGUGUCACCCCUGGCCUCCUGCCCUGCCCACCCCACCAGCUACCACCACCAAAUUUUGUACUCUGUCAUUUCCACCUUCUAGACCCAAGCUGGGACACAGGAUUCUGGUGUCUGAUUCCCAGCCUCACUGCGGAUGGGCUCGUGGUAUUAAGUUGGGAUUAGUUUCCUAUCAGCAAGCGGGGAGAGGCGCCAGAGCAUUUAUUUCCACUGACUUCAUUACCCAGUUGCCACCUUUCCUCCAACGACCCUUCACUUCCUCUCCUAACCUCUGGUCCCAGUUCCAAAAGGGGUCACUCCCUUACUCCUUACCCUGCUGUUCUCAGCCUGGGCCUUGGUCAUGCUUCCCAGAAUCCUCUUGUCUAAAUCUUCCUCUUCCUAGGACAGUUUAUGCAGAAAUAGGAUUGAGAAGCUUAUCCAAGGUGGAGCUCCAAAAGCUUGGGGGAGGAGGUAAGCCCUCAGCAACAAACAACAGGACCGGGCAACUUGGCAUUCUCAGGGCAGAGUGCGUACCCUGCUCUGGGUCCUGUGAGGGAUCCGGGACACACUGAGCCAGCAGCAGAGCCAGGGCUCAGGGCCCUCUGUUCCACCCACAUUGAGGCCAGAAGGAGCCCCAGAAACACCUGGCUGGGCCUUCGAAGGAGGAAGGGCGGAGGAGCAGGAAUGCAGGAUUAGGAGAAACCGAGAAAUCGAAGCUGAGCAGGUGCUGCAAUCUGCAGAGGAGGAGAGCCUGUUGGCCCCUCACAUUUUUGGCAGGGGUGGGGCUGGGCCCAGGAAGGGGUAGGUUGGAUUUUAUAGAGCUUGAGGCAGCCGGGAAUCUGACCAUCUGUGAUGUGAGGUCAGAGGUUUCCUGCCAAGAGGAAGACAGAUCAAGAGAUCCUCUCCUGGGAUUGCAGCUGGGGUCCCAGGAGGCACGUGGAAUUCCCCAGACUCCUGCCCCAAUUCCCAGGCACGUGUGUGACUCUGGUGUUGCCUGAGGAAGCCCCAGGAAUCGUGAUUCUUCCUCCCAGGGGAGUCAGGAUCCAACAGAUACCCUUAUUUCAAAAGCCUCCGCCUCUGCCUCUCCCUCCUUGGCCCUCCCGGGGCAGGUCCAGGACCUGUCAGGUGUCCCCGUGGGCUGGCUUCACACAAGCACUUUGCCUCCCCUCCGUGGCCGCCUGAGGAAAGGCAGGGCCUGGUUCUGCAGGCAGGAAGCAGAAGGGCUGUAUGGCCUGAUGUUUCAGGCAGGAUUCCGCUUUCAUUCUGGACUCUUCCCAGAUCUCCCCAGACCUCCCGCAUCAGCAGCCUCCGAUGGUUCCCUUUAGUUCAUCCGUUGCCACAGCUCGGGGAAACACUGUUCACCUGUCUGCUGGGAACCACCUGCCCUGCCCAGCCCCUGAGCUUUCCCCCAAGUGACAGGGCAGAGACAGACCUACCGCCAGACGCAGCCUCUGGCCUCAGCUCCUCCAAGUCACCCAGGGUCCGCGCCUGUUCCCUUUCCUGGCCUCACCUUCCCGGCCCGUGACUGACAGGAGAUAAGAAUAAAAUUAUGACACCUGCA